AUGAGGAAGCAAGCCACCGACCCAAUUCAAAUAACAAAAGAUGUUGAAAAUAUUACAGGCAGUACCGAAGAAGAGCAACCUUUGAGUCCAAUGGCUCGUAUGUUUCAUGAAUCUGACUCCAAUGUGUACAUCAUUGUCAUCAUCUGCUUUAAGACCCAAAUCAAUCCCGAAGUUAUUAAAGCAAACUUGGUGCAUACUUUGCUGACGCAUCCUCGUUUCUAUAGUUUGCAGGUUGCAGAUGAGAAAAAUGGAGGGGCGAUAAAAUGGGUUAGAACAAAGGUUGAUUUGGACAACCACGUUAAAGUCCGUACACUGAACCAUAAUGUGGACUCACCUGAUAUGUACGUUGAAGAUUAUGUCUCUAACCUGAGCAAAACUAAAAUCAGUAUGUCAAUGCCGAUGUGGGAUCUCCACCUCCUCAACAUCAAAACCUCUGACGCUGAAUCUGUAGCCGUUCUCCGAGUCCACCACUCCAUUGGAGAUGGAACAUCUCUCAUGUCACUUUUCAUGUCUUGUACCCGCAAAGUAUCUGAUCCUGAGGCACUUCCAACACUUCCAAUUACAAAGAAAGAGAAACCCGACAGUUCUAGUGGAGGGUUUUUCCAAAAUUUCAACAAGGUUUUUUUGUUGUUGGUGAUGUAUUGGAAUACUCUAGUUGAUGUUGUAAUGUUUUUCGUUACAAUUUUCUUCUUGGAGGAUACAAAAACACCCCUCAAAGGUCCAGUCGGCGUUGGAUCUACUCCUCGGUGGAUUGUUCAUCGAACUGUGAGUUUGGAUGAUGUUAAGCUGGUGAAAAAUGCUAUGAAAGCUACGAUCAACGAUGUGAUGGUGGCAGUCACACAAGCAGCUCUAUCUCGUUAUCUCAAUAGAAAAUAUGGUAAGAACAAGAAGGGUAGAAGAGGGACAGAAGGAAAUAACAAUCUUCCAAAGAACAUUCGUCUAAGAGCAACUUGUUUCGUGAAUUUAAGGCCAUAUCUAGGAAACCAAGAUGCUUCUGACAUGAUGGAAAGUAGUAGUAAAGUGAAGUUGGGCAACAUGAUCGGUUAUGUUCUUUUUCCCUUUACAAUUGCAUUGCGAGAGGAUCCUUUAGAAUAUGUUCGCAGCGCUAAGGCAACUGGGAAGAGGAAGAAAGCUUCUCUUGAAGCUAAAUGCACAUAUUUCAUGGCAAAGUUUUUUCUCAAAUUCUUUGGCACAAAGUUGGCAAGCUUUCCAACUCAAACUACCUUGUGGUUCUCGAAUGUGCCUGGUCCUCAGGAAGAAGUCACUUGUUUUGGCCAUCAAGUGGCCUACAUAGCUCCCACUUGCUAUGGUCAACCUAAUGCACUGAUGAUUCAUGUUGUGAGUUAUGCGAACAAAAUGAAAAUCAUCUUAUCAGUUGACGAAGAGAGAGUUCCUGAUCCUCAUCAACUCUGCGAUGAUCUUGAAGAAUCUCUUAAGCUAAUCAAAGAUGUUGUCAUAGAGAAAGGGCUGGUUAAAUGUCCUGUCUAA